AUGACAGCUACACGAUUCCAUUUGGUGUUUGAUUACACAGUAGCUGAGGUUUCAGCCCCGAGUCCCAGGCUGAAGAAUAUGUCAUGCGAAGAAUAUGUCAUGCGAAGUGUCAAAGGUGAGAGGAAUACAAGGAGUAAGAAGGAGGAGGUGCGCGUGGAGCAUAAGCACCAGAAUGGACCUCUCAGGUUGAAUAACCUCUUUCUGUGUGUCGGUAUAAUACACAGAGGAAUUUUCCAGAAUGUGGUCACUUUACAGUAUCAGGCCGGGCUGCGUUCAGCGCGGCGCUCGAUAUCGGCGGCGCUCGAUUGGCGGCGCCUGGUUUCCGCGGCAGCGGCGGGAGGAGGAGCGGGAGCGGGAGCGGCACCGGGACAGAGACUGAGGGACAGAGGCAGAGCCGGCAUCGCCGUCGCCAUCGCCAUCCCCAGCUUUGCGUUAUUCUUGGAAAAUUGUGCUCCAGCAGUGAAUUCAUUGAACCUCGGCAUUACCAGUCCGCUUCUGUUAGGCUCAGCAAAUUUGCAGCUCGCCCAGAUAAAGGCCCAGCUGGCCCUACAGCAGCUGAAUUCGGUCGCCUCGACAACAGUAUCCAACACAGCUCUUGCGUCUUUGAACCAAGCUCUUGUGAAGAUCAGCAUGUUCAAUGCCAGAGGUCCUUUUGGCCCGAAUCAAGGCCCACCAAACCAGUUUGGCCCGAAUCAAGGCCCACCAAACCAGUUUGGGCAGAGUCAUGGCCCACCAAACCAGUUUGGGCAGAGUCAGGGCCCACCAAACCAGUUUGGGCAGAGUCAGGGCCCACCAAACCAGUUUGGGCAGAGUCAGGGCCCACCAAACCAGUUUGGACAAAGCCAAGGACCACCUAACCAGUUUGGACAAAGCCAAGGGCCGCCUAACCAGUUUGGACAAAGCCAAGGGCCAUCUAACCAGUUUGGACAAAACCAGGGGCCACCUAACCAGUUUGGACAAAGCCAAGGGCCACCUAACCAAUUUGGACAAAAUCAAGGGCCACCUAACCAGUUUGGCAUGAAUACCUCAGGACCCUACAUGGGGGGAGGAGGAGGAGGAGGUGGUGGAGGAGGAGGAGGAGGUGGAGGAGGAGGAGGAGGAGGAAGAGGAAUGGGAAUGGGACCUCAAGGAGCAUCACAAGGCAACUUUGGUGGAAUGAACAUGGGAAUGAUGAAUCAACCUGGGAAUAAUGUAGGCUUAGGUCAGUGGUCCUCCUACCAGAGUCCUUCAUCUGGAGGUUUUCGACCUGGAUAUGGGAGCACUGGGACGCCAGCAUCUCAAAGUGGAGACCAGAGAUCUGCAGUUCAGCGUUUUCAUGACACAAUGAAGGCCUCUAAUAUCUUGGCAAACUUUGGCCUGUCAAAUGAAGAUCUGGAAGAGCUAAGCCGCUACCCAGAUGAGAAGCUUACUCCAGAAAAUAUGCCGUACAUUUUAAGAGAAAUAAGAAUGAGAAAAAUGAACAAGCAGCAACCAUCCAGCAGCUACGAUCAGCCAUACAAGCUACAAGAUAAAGACUACAGAAGAGAAGUCCAGAGCAGUGUGGUAGAUUAUGGGCACGGGCAACAGUACGACUAUCGGGAUAGACCGAUGGAGAGCCAGAGCAUGCAUUACAGUCGUGAAGCAUUAAGAGAAGGUGCCUGGAAUGAAGAUUUUAAACGUCCGCCCCAGAAUUAUCCAAUGGAACCUUCGCGAGAUGAGAGUACUCAUGGAAUCAAACGAACAGUUCUAGUGGUGAAGAAGGGAUUGCCAAAACCCAAGUUGAUGAAUGAUUACUAUGGUGUCCCUGCACUGAGGUUCCCCCACGUGUGCAGUUUGUGUAACGUAGAAUGUAGACAAAUGAGGGAUUGGGAGCGUCACAACAAAACAUCUGUCCACAAUGACAGCUGCCGGCUUUUGCUCAAAGAGUAUCCAGAUUGGGAUCCAGAUGCUGUUCCUCCAACAAAAGAGGAUGUCGCAAAGAAAGAGAAAGAAGCGGCCAUCGCAGAGCAGGCCUCCGCACCCUUCAGCUCAGGACGGAUGAGUCCAAAGCGUCUAAGCCCUCGGCGCAUGAGUCCUCACAGAUCCAGUCCCAGGCACUUAAGCCCACGUAGGCCCAGCCCGAGGCAUCCGAGCCCUCGAAGGACAAGCCCAAGACGUACUAGUCCGCACCGUUCUAGAUCCAGUCCAAGGCGCUCCAGCCCACACCGAUCCAAAUCCAGCCCCAGGCGGUCCAGCCCACACAGACCAAGGCUGAGUCCAAAGCGGUCUAGCCCUCACAGGCCCAGACCUAGGCGUAUGAGCCCACACAAAUCCAAGCUGAGCCCCAAACAUUCAAGUCCUCACAGGCCCAGUCCACGCAAGCCCAGCCCCAAACGCAAAAUACAGAAGGAAUUACCUGCUAAGAAUGCCAAGCAGAAGCCUGCUGCAAGCCAGCCGAUAAAUCAGAAGCCUGCAAAUCAGAAGCCUGAAAAUCAGAAGGUUAAAAAGCGACCUGCAGCUGCCAAGAAACCCAUUGCUGAGGCAAAAAGCACUUCAGGUGCAGCUGCUGCUGCUGUCAAAAUGGAGAAACCUACCCCUCAACAAGAGGCAAAUGCACAAUUGAUGGAGGAAAUGAAGAGGAGUGGGCGCGUGGUUCAUAUCACUGACCUGCCACAUGAUGGUUACACUGAGGAUGACAUCACAAAACUGACCCAGCCAUUUGGAAAAGUCGCAGCCAUUAAGCUAGUACGCACCAAAAACGAGGCUUUCCUGGAAAUGGCCUAUAAAGAGGCUGCAGUGGCACUGGUGGAGUUUUAUAGCAUCACACCGGUGGAGAUCAAUCACCGGCAAGUAACCAUGACGUUACUGGGACGGAAGAAGCAAAUCCAUAAGCAACCAGAUCAGAAAGAGCAGUCACAGAGCCAAGUUUUUCCCUCUGUACAGAAAGAUAUAAGUGCUCCAGUGACCAGUGCUGGUGCUCGGAGUGCUUCAGAAACUGCUCCUCCUUCAGCUGAUAUAAAAAUUGCAGGAGGCGAUGGUACUGCUGUGGAGAAGGCAGAUUCUGAGAAUGUUGGCUUGAAUGUAAAAGGUAGAGUUAUUCGAAUUAAUAAUCUUCCAGCCAGAGGUUACAAAGAAGAUGACCUGAAAAGGCUGGCAAAGCCCUUUGGACAAGUGUUGAAUGUGGUUGUUACGUUCUCCAGAAACCAGGCAUACUUAGAAAUGGCCUGCGCAAAAGCAGCAGAGAAAAUGGUGGAGUUUUACAGCCUUUCCACAAUCAAGCUGAAAGGAAAUGCAAUUAGCAUGCAAGUACUACAUCAGUACGUGGAUCUGAGUGACAUGGAGGUUAUAUUUAAGGAUAUAAUUGAAGAAUCUGGGUUUAAACCAGAUGCCGGGUGUACUAUAUAUGACCAUUUUGUUCACAUAAGCAAUCUACCUGAGGACGGCUAUACAGAAGUUGACAUCCUGUGUGUUGCUUUUCGAUUUGGAAGGGUGAAGGAUUCCAUGUUCUUGAAGCCACACAACAAGGUCCUUCUACAGCUGGAGAGUGGAAAUGCUGCUACAUCCAUGUGCAGCUUUUUCAGAGAAAUUCCUCAUGACUUCCAUGGAAAAACUCUGGAAUUCUCUUUGUCUCCAAAGGCAGGAGCACAGUCAGGGAAUGAAGAAAAGGCUGUUGAGGGGAGCUGUGAUGCCACUGCUGAGCCUGAAGCAAUGGAGAUAGAAACAUCUGGAUCUGCACAGCCUAAAGAGGCCGAUAAGACCGAUGUGAACGAUGACAACGCUGGCAAGGCUGAGAGUGAUGAAACUACAUCAGAUUCUGCAAACCCAACUGUGGUGGUGACACCUGCUGCAGAGAUGGUAGCAAAGACAGCAGCAGAGACAAUUGCACAGAACCUUGUCACUGCAACAGUCAACGAGCCAUCCGCCCAUCUUAAACCUUCUGUCACCACUGCUAGCGCCAGAAAUACGCCACUCACCACUAAAUCGCCAAUCCCGGCUGCUGCUGAAACACCGGCAGAUGUGCUCGUGAAGCCUGUGGCCUCAAAUUCAGCUGGUGCCACCACACCUGGUAAACCAACUCCAGCUGGAACAGCUGCUAAACCUGCAUCGAUGCCCGCGAAACCUGCUGCAGCCACCACAGGUACUUCCACCAAGCCUGCAGUGUCCGCUGUGAAUACGCCAACCAAACCAGCACCAACUACAUCCAGUGUUACCCCUCUGAAUGUGGUGACUAAGCCAGUUACUACCGGCAUGGCCACCAAACCAGGCCAGACUGCGACCAGUACAGCAGCCAAACCAUCUCCGGCCGCAGGCAGUGCAACCGCCAAGUCCUCUGCAACUGGGGUGAAUGCCGCCUCUAAAUCUGCACCGACCCCCGCAGCUGCCGCCAGCAAGCCAAUUCAAACGCCCACUCAAGCAGCCUCUAAAUCGGCGCAGUCUCCCACCAACGCCACCCCUAAGCCCAUUGCUGUUAAUGCAGCCUCCAAGGCCCCACCGCCAGCUACUGCCAGUGCAGUGACCAAGCCAACGUCAACCACCACGAAUGUAGCCAACAGUCCCAGUGCUGCAAGCGGAACUACAACAUCUGUGGUAACCACCGCCAGUUCGCCAGUUGCAGAGAAGGCUAGCCCACUGCCGGCCACAACCCCUCCUGCAGCCGCGCCUGCUGGUGAGGCUACCACCCCUGCAACGGCAGAAAAAGCCACCACCCCAGCCUCCUCAUCGCCACCUAAAACCUCAGCCCCCCCACCCACUGCCACCAAAACUGCACCUCCGAAGUCUGUGGUGGCAAAACCAGGGAGCAGAGAAAGCAGCGCCUCAAAGUUGAAUGGGAAGAAAGUCGCUCCUGCUAAAAAGGAGCAUUUGGCAAAGGAGCCAGGCAAACCCAGCACACCAGCUAGAGGUCGAAGCACCUCCCGGGACCGCUGCAACAAAGAGGGAAGUGGAAGGAGCACCUUGUCACAUCAGAAGGAGAAAGAUUCCAGGCCUGAGCGUAGGCACGUGCCUCAGCAUCUACGGGACAAGGAUCAUAAAUCAUCCACCAGGAGCAAGACUACUUCUGAGAGAAGCAGUAAGGAUCGCAAGACUAGCAGCAAAAUUCCAAAGAAAGAAGCGGAAAAGGACAUAUUUCCCUUUAACCUGGAUGAAUUUGUUACUGUGGAUGAAGUGGGUGAAGAGGAAGAAACUCCUGGAAAUCAGAUCCCUGAAAGUAAAUCUGAAACCAACGACCAACCUUCAGAAAAGGCUGAGCCAGAAGCAACAAAGGCAGAGACCACGCAGAAGGUCAAGGAGCCAGAGCCAGCUCCAGCAGGUGAUGCACCAACGAAGGUGGUAGAGCCAAUCGAGGUGAAAUCUAAACCUGCACCUCAACCCAAUCCCGAAUCCCAACCCCAGCCCGAACUCCAGCCUCAGUCCCAGGCAGCUGUGAAGGAGGAACCUAUGGAGACAGAGUCAGAGACAACCCAGGAGCAGCCAUCUGCACCGGAGCCCAGCAAAGCUCAGCCUGUUGCAGACUCAAAAGAAGAGGCAACAGGAACAACGGCUGUCAAGAAAGAAGCAGCGCCUUCAUUGGGUGGGGACGGUGAGCCUUCCCGCAAAAAAGUGGGCCAGCCCAGCAGUCAGUCCCCAGCCCCUGCAUCGUCAGUCAGCUCUGGGGGAGAUAGCGCCAAGUCUGCCAGCCUGGAACAGCGAGCAGAUGCUAAGCUGAGAAGAGAGCCGACUUCUGAGGUGGAACCAGAAGCAAAGCGGAUGAAGUUAGGAGGGCCAGCCCUUGCUGAGUUUAAAAUGCCGCCCUAUAAGCCCAGCAAUCCUAUAGGUGUUGAAUUUAUUGUUCCAAAGACCGGUUACUUCUGUCAGAUUUGUUCCCUGUUCUACACGAAUGAAGACACAGCCAAGGUCACUCACUGUGGCACUGUGUUACACUACAAGAAUAUGGAGAAAUAUGUGACACAGCGACAAGAAGAGCUACGAAAGCAGCAGGAACGCAUGGCCAAGCAGGAUAAGUGACGUGAGCCACACUCACCCAGCACUGUCUUUAGUCAAAGUAUAUUUCGGGUCCAAGUGUUCCCUUUUCUCCUAUUUUAUCAGUUAGCUAGGCGGUUACAACAUUGUACAAAUGAUCUUUCCACAGCUGUAACGAUUAUGGAAACUGUUGUUUUUGGGUUAGUAUUGUUGUCUUGUGUUUUUACAUAAAUUGUUGUAACAAUUGGCGAUUCUGUUAUAAGUCAAUUAAACUUGAUUAUGUUCUAGA